AACAGGAAGUCUCUUGAUGUCAAUGGCUGAAGAUGGAGAGCUGCCCGACCUGGAGUGUAUUGAGCACAAGGAGGUCCGCCCCCAUGGCCAGAGUAUGGACACCAACCCGUUCAGCGCUCUGCUGAUUGAUCAAACUGUCAGCUACAGUGGCUCGUCCCUAAGCAACAAAUCGCCUACCCCCGACCCCACAUGUCCCCCCCCCAGCUCCCUCACUCCUCCAGAUUUGAUCCUGACCCAGAAGACCCCAGCUCACUGUAAAGCUGACCUUCAAAUGCCGAGCAUGACUCCUACACCAUCCCUGGUCCGGCCCCCUCCCUCGCUCAGGACCCUGAGCCACCACAUCCCUGACCUAUACCAAAUCAAUCACCGCCAGGGUGAUCAGGGUCCAGUCUCUCCAUUCAUCCUGCGAAACCUCUUGUUCCCUCUGUUUGGGGCCAGGUAGGUGGUCCUACAGUACACCCCCGUCUGAAUGAGUCAAAACACAAAGGAAGGAACAUUUAUUCCUUAAAUUCCUGAAAGAUUUGUGAAUCCAUUUUGGUAAUAAUUUUGUCAGCAAGCAGUUGAUUUACUUAGUGACAUGUAUAUAAACCGUUUUUAUAAGUUCAUUUUAAGAUAUACUGGAUUAGUUAAGUUGUAUGCGAGUUCUCUAUUUUAUUUUAUCUGUCUUAUUGUAGGUACAGUUAAGACUUGAAAAAUAAAAGAAAUAGAUGGCUGUUAUUUUCUUAAUGUGAAUAGAGCUGCAAAUUCUUUUUGUCUUUAAAAUAAUGCUUUGUUUGAGUUUCUCAGAAGCCAUCGAGAUGUCUGUAAUGUGUUCAAUUGUGAAGUUAUAAUAUUAAUAUUGCUGUUCUGGAACAAAUGAAAGUUAUGAUUAAUGCAAAUUUUAUUUUUGAAAAUAAAUCUUGUUUGAUCUAAUAUUU